AUGUCUCAGCUCUCUCGCGCCUACGGGGCCACCAGUGUCAACGAGACCAAGGCCCUCUACGAUGAGUGGGCCGCUUCUUACGAUAAGGAGAUGGCCAAGGAGGACCAGGACUACGUCGGCCCCGUGCUGGCGGCGGCCCACGUCCUGAAGCACCUCGGCACCCCGUCCAUCCAGUCCGACAUUGAGAUCCUCGACGCCGGCUGCGGCACCGGCCUCGCCGGCAUCGCCCUCGCCCAGCUCGGUGCCCAGAAGGUGGACGGCGUCGACCUGUCCCCCGGCAUGCUGGACAUUGCCCGCAAGGCGGGCGUCUACCGCCACCUGGACACCGCCGACCUCUCGACGCAGCUGGCGCACAAGGACAACUCCUACGACGCCAUCUGCUGCGUCGGCACCCUCACGCAGGGCCACGUCGGCCCCGUCGCCCUCGACGAGUUUGUCCGCAUCACCAAGCCCAACGGCUUCGUCGUGUCCACCAUCCUCGGCAGCAUCUACGAGUCGGGCGGCUACGAGGCCAAGAUUGAGAGCCUCGUCAACCAGGGCCGGGUACAACUCAUCAGCAAGGAGCUCGAGGACUACCGCCGCAAGGCGGACGUCAAGGCCCGCAUGGUCGUGCUCAAGGUUCUCUCGUGA